AGUCAUUGAAUUUUCCAACUAUCUCUUGUUUGGUGGAAUUAGUUGGUGCUGAAUAGGCAUCGAAACUGGGAGCAUCCAAUUGAAACAUGAGAAGAGAUGAAGGCGGUGAUGAGGAAGCGAUUUAUGCCCAGCCAUUAUUACUGGGAAUUGUACAAAAAGUUGCAAGGGUUUAGGCAAGGACAUUGGAGUGUGCAGGAGUAUUAUCAAGAGAUGGAGAAAGCCAUGAUUAGAGUCAAUGUAGAAGAAGAUCGAGAGGCAACCAUGGCAAGAUUCUUGCAAGGAUUAAAUCUAGACAUCCAUGAUUGGGUGGAGAUGCGACAUUAUGUGGAGCUAAAAGACAUGGAGGACAAGCCACAAUUGUCUUCAACUCUUAAGCACCAAUUUGAGCAUAAGACCAAGAACACCAGCCGCAAUUCUCAAGAUUCUGACACCAAUGAAAUGCCACCAUUGGAGGACACCUAUGAGGAAGAGCUUGCUGUACAUGGAGAGUUGUUGGUGGCGAUGAGGGCUUUAAGUGUGCAAGCAAAGGACGUGGAUGAAGUGCAACAAGAGAACAUCUUUCACACUAGGUGCUAUGUCAAAGAUAAGGUAUGGAGUGUGAUUAUUGAUGGUGGUAGUUGUACGAACAUUACUAGCACAACCAUGGUGGAAAAAUUAGGAUAUCCCACAUUGAGACACCCUAGUCCGUACAAGUUGCAAUGGUUGAAUGAUGGUGAUGAGGACUUUAGCACUUUGACAGCACCACUCACCGAGGUAAUUAAGAAGAACGUUGGAUUCAAGUGGGGCAAAGAACAAGAAAAGGCAUUUCAGCCAAUCAAGCAAAAAUUGACUAAUGCUUCAUUAUUGUCUUUACCUAAUUUUGAUAAAAUGUUUGACAUUGAAUGUGAUACUUUAAGUGUAGUUAUUGGUGCAGUACUCAUGCAAGAAGGUCGACCAAUUGCAUAUUUUAGUGAAAAGCUAACUGGGGUAGCUCUAAACUACCCAACUUAUGACAAGGAGUUGUCAACACAAGUUGAACAAGAGGCAUGCGCGAUGGAUGGAGUUCCUCAAGACGUGUCCAUACGUCAUUUGAUUCACAAGAAGGUAAGACUCAACAUUGAGCGAAGAAUAGAGCAAUAUGCAAGGCAAGCCGAUAAGGGGCGUUUUAAGUUGGUCUUCGAACUUGGAAAUUGGGUUUGGUUACACAUGAGGAAAGAAAGAUUCCCAGCACAAAGGUGUUCCAAAUUGCUUCUAAGAGGAGAUGAUCCUUUCCAAGUCCUAGAGUGCAUCAACGAUAAUGCUUACAAGCUAGAUUUAUCAGAUCCAGCGGCCUUCUUUCUCCUCUGGCAGAUCUGUGGUAGGCGCACGAGAGCUGCCAGAUUUGACGCCCACCGCGGCUCUCUUGCUGGUUCGAGGGACUGUCGCCGCCUGAUUGGGUUACCGCCUGGAUAUCCUGCCGCCACCCCCUAGCCAAAACGACGUUGUUUUGGCUGGGGAUUCUUUUUUUUUUUUUCCUUCUUGCAUAAUGUAUCAGUCAAAUUCCGAUGUACUGGAUGGUACUCGAAAUUUUGGCCGGUACACCGAAAUUUGACCGGUACACCCGAAAUUUGACCGAAAUGGAAUCUUAACAUAUUCUGUUUCAAUUAACCUUCAAAACUGGU